UCCCAGCGCCGAGCUGUGCAGUACACAUAGCGUAACGGUCGCGGCCAGGCGCCCACUUGACGUACGUACCGGUCGCGCGCGCCACACGCACACGAGACACCGCCGCACGACUUCCAUGCGCGAUCGACACGAUCAUAAUAAUAUAUUUUUAUUGUCGUCGUCGAUAUAAUUAUAUAAUCUAAUUAUCACCCGUUAUUAAUUGGCGACCACGUCACCCUCCACCACCCGCCACGCCGACCAACCGGCGCCCGUCAAACGAUAACAGCACACCACCCAAUAUCGUGUCAUACCGGCGAGAUUUUUUUUCGCGCCGGCCGGCCGCUGCGGGGCGAAAGCAACACAACCGGUCUAGAGCGACGAUAAUAUUAUGUGACGCCACACCGCAGUAGGUACACGUGCGCCCGACCGCGCGCGUGUUUCUUCCCGCACGACAUCGGUUUCGCAAUAAGUACCUACCACAAUAUUAUUACGUCGCACGUGCGAUAACGAUAAAUUAUUAAUAUUCGCGGUCGGCGGACAAAAAAUCCUCAUAGUCACCACGCGUAGUCCACGCAUUGCCGUCAUGCGGCGGGGGCCGUCCAACCAUGUCCACCGCCGUCCACGCACCGGUCGUGGUGCCGUAACCGUAGCCGGCGAUACCGGCGUCCGUCGUAGCGCCGGCCACAACCACGACGGUCGCUGUCCGUGCGUCGCCGCUGCAGCCACCGCACCACCACGUGCUGGCCGCCGAAUGCUGCAGUCGUCCCGCGCCUAUUAGAGACGUCCACACAAGAAAGAACACAAAGAAAUGAGUUCAUUAGUUGGCUGAGUAAAUUAGUGAAGAGAUACCUCCGAAUCUAACUCUGAUAUCAUAAUGUCUCAAAAAAACUACAGGGUUCGGACGGGGCGGACGGGCCGAAGUCGUGCACCAGCUGUGGUUCAGUGAUUGACCGGGCCACGAUGGACUUGGACGCUGACGAGGUAGAGCGAUGGCUGUGCGAGAAAGCGCCGCAAGACCUGGUGGACCGCGUGAUCCGGGCACGGCUCCAGCACCGCACCGGGUCGUUGACGAUAAAUCGGGCGAAACGUGGCUCCAUGACGUCUGAGAUGUUCAACACUUGGCUGGCGUCGUCUCCGAUCAAACGAUCAAGGUCGCCGAACAGAGUGACACGGAGCAGUGGCGAAUGGAGACAUCAUUUGGGUUUGUUAGACGAAGGGGAGCUUUUUAUGGAGCUCAUUCGGGACGUGUCGAACGAAUUGGAUAUCGACGUCCUAUGUCACAAGAUACUUGUCAACGUCGGUAUAUUAACCAGAGCCGAUAGAGGUAGUCUAUUCCUGGUGAGAGGCAGACAUCUGGUGGCCAAGCUGUUCGAUGUAACUGUAGACACGGAACUGAGCGAAGCUGUCGACAAGGCGAAAGAGGAAGAAAUCCAAAUACCGUUCGGAGUCGGCGUGGCUGGCACGGUGGCGGAAACAAAGCAAGUCGUCAACAUCAGGAAUGCAUAUCAGGACCCGCGAUUCAACCGGGAAAUCGAUCACAUGACUGGCUACACGACCAAUUUGAUAUUGUGCGUGCCGAUCUGCAACUACGACAACGAAGUGAUCGGGGUGGCUCAGAUAAUCAACAAGACCGACGGCAGCCACUCGUUUACCGAGCACGACGUCGAGAUAUUCCAGAGGUACCUGACGUUCUGUGCAAUCGGAAUACAAAAUGCUCAACUGUUCGAAAAGUCUAUACAGGAAUUCCAGAGAAAUCAAAUGUUACUCAGUUUGGCUAGAAGCAUAUUCGAAGAACAGAACAAUCUUGAUUGUCUAGUAUCGAAAAUCAUGACCCAGGCCAGAGAUCUGAUCAAAUGCGAACGUUGCGUCGUCUUCCUGCUGGACUUGGAAUGCGAAGAAGCUAGCCAUUUGGAACACUUUGGAGCCAAGCCAGGGAAUUAUUCGCUGGAAAAAAAAGCGUCCACCAAAAACAGCACCGACACGUUGGCCGAAGAGGUUGCCGUUACUCAAGAACAGCAAAAGGACGUCAAUUUCACCACGGUUUUUGAAUUGGGUUCGGAGCUCGGGGUGAAGAAAAUCAAUAAAAACGUCAAGCCGUCCAAACUGCUUCAGAUAGCCCAAGAAGUGGCCAGCUCUACUCAGUUAUUGAACAUAGCGGACGUGCAAGUGUGGGCCGCCUCGUUAAGCCGACAGCCGAGCAUGGAGAGCGACGAGGGAUGUACAGAUCAUGUGCCCAUCAAGUCCAUACUAUGCAUGCCGAUAUUGAACGGCAAAAAAGACGUGAUCGGAGUGGCACAAUUGAUAAAUAAGGAAACCGGUUUUCCGUUUACCGACUGUGACGUGGCGACGUUCGAGGCUUUUGCCAUAUUCUGCGGUCUGGGUAUCCACAACACUCAGAUGUACGAGAGCGCUUGCAAACUAAUGGCCAAACAAAAAGUGGCGCUCGAAUGUCUGUCGUAUCAUGCGACCGCGUCCGUGGACGAUACCAUCAAAUUAGCGCAAGAUAAAAUUCCUUCGGCCGAGACGUACAACUUAUACAGUUUUAAAUUCAUUGACUUUGAUUUGUCAGACGACGAUACGUGUAAAGCGACCAUCCGUAUGUUCCUGCAGUGCAAUCUAGUGCAACAAUUCCAAAUUCCAUAUCACGUACUUUGCAAAUGGGUGUUGAGUGUGAGGAAAAAUUAUCGACCAGUAAAAUAUCAUAACUGGAGACACGCGUUGAACGUGGCCCAGACUAUGUUCGCCAUGUUGAAAACCGGAAAGAUGGAAAGGUUCAUGAGUGACUUGGAAAUCUUGGGAUUGCUGGUAGCGUGUUUAUGUCACGAUCUGGACCACCGGGGCACGAACAAUGCUUUCCAGACGAAGACAGAAUCACCGUUAGCAAUCCUUUAUACGACCAGUACAAUGGAACACCAUCACUUUGAUCAAUGCGUAAUGAUCCUAAACAGCGACGGCAACAACAUAUUCCAAGCGCUGUCGCCGGAAGAUUAUCGUUGUGUUAUGAAGCUGGUGGAAAACUCGAUUCUGUCGACAGACCUGGCCAUGUAUUUCAAAAAGAAAAACAGAUUCAUGGAGGUCGUUGAAAAUGGCGAAUUUGAUUGGCAAAGCGAAGAGAAAAAAGCUCUGUUGUGUGGAAUUUUGAUGACUGCUUGCGACGUGAGUGCUAUAGCAAAGCCUUGGGAAGUUCAACAUAAAAUGGCUAAGCUCGUGGCCGACGAAUUUUUCGACCAAGGCGAUUUGGAAAAGUUGCAACUCAACCAACAACCGAUGGCUAUGAUGGAUAGAGAAAAAAAAGAUGAACUACCACAGAUGCAAGUUGAAUUCAUCGAUGUCAUUUGCUUGCCGCUGUACAAAGUGCUAUGUGACACUUUCCCGUGGAUUACGCCACUGUACGAGGGUACACUAGAAAAUCGAAAGCACUGGAAAGAUUUAGCAGAAAAAGUCGAAAUGGGCUUGACGUGGAUUGACCAUGACAAAAUUGAAAUUCCUGUCGAAGAAUUUUUUACUCACAAAAGCACGAAAGACAUAGAGUUCACAGUAACCACACUGAACACUACCCAAAAUUCCACGAAGAAAAGCAAUACAAAAGUUAGUAAGAAACAUGGUAAACAUACCUAAUUAAGUUUCUAUUAAAUUUGUUUCAUUAAAAUAUAAAAAUGAAAUCACUUUAAAGAAGACACCUUAUAUACAUUCAAAAUAUAUUGCUAAAGAUUAUAAUUAAUUUAGUGAAACAUAAUAUAGUUAAUACAAAAUGAUGUAAAUUUUGCUUCAGAUUAUUUAUUGUUAUAGAUAUUUGAGUAUUAUUUUUAAAUUGAUUUUAAAUAUUAUAUAAAAUUAUUGUUAUUGUAUAUUCAUAAAUUAGAAAAUAAUAUUUAAUGUUACGUGAUGUUUUGUAAUGUCAUUAAUAUCUACUAAUUUAACAACAAAUUAAAUUAAUUAUAUUUAUUUAUUUAUUUAUUAAAAAUUUAAAUUCUAUGGAUAUUUAAGUAGUAUUGUUGGAUUAGAAUAAUGUUUAUUUAAUAAUUUACGGCGUACACCAUCGAAGAAUUUAAUUUCAAGUAUUGAAGAACUGUUCAAAUGUGAAUGAAAUAAAAAUCGGAACUAUUCAAAUGGAAUAUAUGAAACCAACCGUGAUGAUCAGCAUUGGUUUGUCUGAAUAUUUAAUUUUAACUAUGGUUAAGCAGCAAAAUACACACUAUUAUUUUAUUAGUUUUGGCACCAUUUAAUAAGUAUCUAUUUCAAAUUUCCUGUAUGUAGUAAAGUAUUUUAAAAAGUGUAUCCUACAGCAAGAAAAUAUAUUUUCAUUUGAAUUUUUAUUAAUUUUAUAACACUUAAAAUUUGAAUAUUUUUUUAAACAUUUUAUUAGUUGCCAUGUAAAUAUUACUCAUAUGAUCUUAUUAAAUAUUAACAUAUACUCCAAACUUACCAAAUAUGACUGUAUUUAAAAUACUUUGAAUCUUUUUCAUAUUUGAAUUAUUACUUUGUUUUAUUUUUUAAAUAAGCCUUGAAUGCUAGGACAUAGGCAACAUGUUAUACACCUUGACAUUUUUACACACACACAUUUUCAUUUUCGUUGACAUUGAAGUUUUUAUUAAUUUAUUAUUUCAUUAUUGUAUGCAUUUAUAUGGCUUAUACCGACAGCAAAAAAUUACUUAAUUAUAAUAUUAUAUUGAGUACUAUAAUAAUUUGUUUUGUUUGUUGUUGUAUAAACGAGUUUCUAUAAAGUACUAUUGUCGUAAUAUUGUAUUACCUAUAUUAUUAUAAUGUAGGCUCACAUUGUAUAAUCUACGCAUAACAUAUUAUAUAGUUUUAUAUUCUCAUAAGUAAAUAAAAUAUAAUUCCCAAUAUAUUCAUUUAGAAUCGAAACUUUCCUUUAGUCACUACUCACUAUACUUCUUUAGAAUAUGAUAUUAUUAUUUAUUAUCUAAUGAUAACAAUAAUAUUAUAUACACUCUUGUUUCUGAAUUUCACGAAUAGUUGUCACAUUUUUUGAACCACGCAUUAUUUAUAAAGUGUUCUCGAAAUAUUGUUAUAAGGUUAAACAAGACCGGCCACCUCACGUAAUACAUAACUUUUUACCUAUAACUAAUAUUAUAUCAAUAAUGCACACCUGUUGUUCGUACCAUUCAAAUGCAUUUGUGUCUUAUUGCGAGUUACACUUAACGAUGCAUUAUAGAACCGAUUUUGCUUACCGGAGGCCAACGUACCCCAAUUUAAAGUACGCUUAAUGUAUAUUGUAUUUUGUAGUAUCCGCCUUACAGACGUAAAUUUACGUACAACAGAGAAAUUUAAUUUUGGUAAUUACUGUUUCUGAACUAUAUAUUAUUCCUAUAACGCCGCAGAGAAAAAGCACUAUCAGCUGUGAUCCCAGUAAUCGGUUAUUACGAUUUAAUUAAAAUAUUAUUUAAAAACGAUUUUAAUUUUUCAAUUAUAAAAUUAAUUUUUUGCAUUCAAAUGCUGAAAACCCGACAAAGAUAAUAUUAUUAUAUUUUACUCCAAUAUCGAAACCGUUGAAACGAAAUGGACUAUACGUAAAUUUACUACUUUACGCGUUUGUAAGACGGAAAAGUAAAUGGAUGUGUGAGAAGGGUCAUAAGUCCAUUCCUACAUAAUAUUAUAUUGAUUGUUACAUUUAUUCAUCUCACACUAGCCACUUAAAAUACCUAUAAAAUCUCGGAAUAUAGAUGCCCUAUAGAUGA